UCCUCCCGGCCGGAGGGGGCGCUCGGAGCCCGGUCCUCCCGGCCGGAGGGGUCGCUCGGAGCCCGGUCCUCCCGGCCGGAAGUGGACGCGGCUCCCUAAGUUUAUGUGUUUCCGGCUGAGCGUCAGCUUUAAAAUUAUCAAAAUUCAGGGGCGAAAAAGCCAAGAUCAAAAUGACUGAUCCUGAUAUCGGGGCUGUAAUGGGAUUCUCCGGGUUUGGAAAGAAAGCCAGAACCUUUGACUUGGAGGCUAUAUUUGAACAGACUCGUCGGACUGCCAUUGAGCGGAGCAGGAAAGUGCUGGAGGAGCAGAGGAGUGUGGAUGCAUGCCGAGAAUCACCAAGCUCCACUGGGAGAUCAGAUUCCCCCACUAGGAAAGGCGACCCUGGAGACUCUACCAGGUUGCCUGUUGACAGUGGAAGUGAGAGUGAUGACAGUGACAGCUCAAGUGAAAGAAUUGGUCCCCCUUUACCGCCCCAGCUCUGUAGAUUGGCUAUUGAGGAAGGGGAGAGUGCUGUGGGCCCCCCUCUACCCCCGGGAUAUGGUAAACCACAAAUUGAAACAGAUGAUGAGGAGGAGGACGACGAGGAAGAGGAUGAUGAGGAUGAAAAGCCGGUGAAGCGGAUCCCAGACUCACAUGAAAUCACACUAACCCAUGGCAAGAAAACGGUAUCGGCACUGGGACUGGAUCCUUCGGGGGCGAGGCUGGUUACUGGGGGCUACGAUUAUGAGGUGAAGCUCUGGGACUUUGCAGGAAUGGAUGCCUCGCUGCAAGCUUUCCGGUCAUUGCAGCCCUGUGAGUGCCAUCAGAUUAAGUCGCUGCAGUACAGCUCAACAGGAGAUGUGAUUCUGUGUGUGGCUGGCAGUGCCCAGGCCAAGGUGCUGGACCGUGAUGGCUUCCAGGUGAUGGAGUGUGUGAAGGGAGAUCAGUACAUUGUUGAUCAAGCCAAGACCAAGGGACACACAGCCAUGCUGAACAGUGGAGUCUGGCACCCGAAAAUUAAGGAGGAAUUCGUGACCUGCUCAAAUGACGGGACAGUGCGAACCUGGGACAUGAACAAUGAGAAGAAACACAAGAAUGUUUUCAAGCCACGAUCAGUGCAGGGAAAGCGGGUCAUUCCCACCACGUGUGUGUAUAGCAGGGACGGGAAGUUAAUCGCAGCUGCGUGUCAAGAUGGUUCCAUUCAGAUUUGGGAUCGAAGCCUGAAUGUUCAUACGAAGUUUCAUAAUCGACAGGCACAUGUUCCUGGCAGUGACACCUCCUGCCUCAGCUUUUCAUAUGAUGGAAAUACUCUGGCAUCACGUGGUGGAGAUGACACCAUUAAAACCUGGGAUAUGAGGAAUUUUCGGAACCCUUUGAAUGUGGCAUCUGGCCUCCCCAACAUCUUCCCAAUGACAGAUUGCUGCUUCAGCCCUGAUGAUAAACUACUGGUAACAGGAACUUCCGUCAAGAGGGGACAAGAGAAUGGAAAGCUACUGUUCUUUGACAGAGAGACAUUCCACAAGCUAUAUGAGAUUGAAGUCACUGACGCAAGUGUUAUUCGGUGCUUGUGGCACCCAAAGCUGAACCAGAUCAUGGUGGGGACAGGAAAUGGAUUGGCAAAAGUCUACUAUCAUCCAGUCAAGAGCCAAAGAGGGGCUAAACUCUGUGUAGUGAAAACAAAGCGAAAAGCAAAGCAGAGUCAGACUGUCACGCAGGAUUAUGUCAUCACACCUCAUGCACUGCCCAUGUUCCGGGAACCCAGGCAGAAGAGUACCAGGAAACAGUUAGAGAAAGAUCGGCUCGACCCUGUUAAAUCCCACAAACCAGAACCUCCUGUAUCUGGACCAGGACGUGGUGGACGUGUUGGAACUCAUGGUGGGACGCUGUCAUCAUUUAUUGUGAAGAAUAUUGCUCUGGAUAAAACGGACGACAGCAACCCCCGCGAAGCUAUUUUACGUCACGCAAAAGAAGCUGAACAGAACCCAUACUGGGUGGCUCCGGCUUACGUGAAGACCCAGCCACAUGCAGUUUUUGCAGCAGCAGAGUCAGAGGAAGAACUAGAGGAUGAUGAGCCUGAAUGGAAGAAGCGCAGACUGUGAGCACCAUAUGGACUGUGGAUUGUUGGCCAGCUUUGACUGUGGGCUCGCUUCUCAUCUCCUUUACAUGUUCCUGUGGUUGGCGGAUCACAGGGUCUGGUGGGGGCAUGGGUUUGGAGGGGUGGUAUAGCAAAGGGGCAGAUGAGGGGUUGAUGUUUGAGAUGGGUUCAAGGGGGUGAAGGAGUGAAUAUAGGGGGGGAGGGGUAGGUGAAUGAAUUGGGUGGGACAAGGUCAAAGCGGCAUAGGUGAUUCGUGCAGGGUGGGAGAGAGAUGACUAACUGUUCUUUAUCUUGCCAACUAGUGGUGUGUACUAUCCAGCCAUUAACUUUUAUUUCUUCUGUCUGAUAUUUUAUUUCCUGUCUUGUAUUAAUAAAAUCUGGUGAGAUGUUUCCGCUUAUUAGCUUAGUUUACUUCACAUUUGACUGUGUGUUGGGACCAAUUAAAUCUCCCAAAUCAUUGUC